AUGAGAAAGCUUAGUAUUAGAGACUCGUUGAAAUCUUUCUUUGAGCCUCAUCUUCAUCCUGAUAAUGUUGAAUUGCUCAAAGGAACAAAGACAGAAAUGGAUGAAAAAGUGAAGAAAAUCUUGGGAAUUGUUGAGAGUGGAGACAUUGAUGAAGAUGAGUCCAAAAGAGCAGUGGUUGCAGAUUUAGUGAAAGACUUCUACAGAGAGUAUGAGUCCUUGUAUCGCCAGUACGAUGAUCUCACUGGUGAGAUCAGGAAUCAAGUUCAUGGGAAAGGAGAGAAGGAGAGCUCUUCUUCUUCCAGCUCAGACUCGGAUUCAGAUGACAAGAGCAAGAGAAACGAGUCGGUGAAGAAACAGAUCGAAGCUGCAAAUCUUGAAAUAGCUGAUCUGAGACGUGAAGCUGAGAAGUUAGCAGCUGAGAACAAAGAACUGAACCAGAAGCUGGAAGCUGCUGGCGAGAAGGAAUCCGAUCUGAGUCAGAAGCUUGAAGAUGUGAAGAAAGAGAGAGAUGGAUUGGAAGCAGAGCUUGACAAGAAGUCUCAAGAAGUUUCUGACAUGGACCGUCUACAAGCUCAGAAGAACGAAACCGAAGCAGAGCUCGAGAGAGAGAGGCAAGAGAAACCGGCGCUGCUGAAUCAGAUCAACGAUGUGCAGAUGGCAUUGCUAGAGCAAGAAGCUGCUUACAACACGCUGAGCCAAGAACACAAACAGGUCAACAGUUUGUUUAAAGAAAGAGAAGCAACGAUCAAGAAGCUGACUGAUGAUUACAAUCAAGCCAGGGAGAUGUUGGAAGAGUACAUGUCGAAGCUGGAGGAGACAGAGAGGAGAAUGCACGUGAUUUCAUCGAGGGAAGGUAAGAUUGAGAAACUAGAAGGGAUGAUGGAGAGUAUGCGUUACCAAGUGGAGAUGAAAGGAGAUGAGAUUGAGAGUUUGAUGGAGAAGAUGAAUGACAUUGAGGUUAAGCUACGUUUGUCUAACCAGAAACUGAGGAUAACAGAGCAAGUGCUUAGGGAGAAAGAAGAGGAGAUGAAGAAGAUGGAAGCUAAGAAUUUAGAGAAAGAAGCAUUGCUGGAGGAAACAUAUCAAGGUAUGAUCAAAGAGAUCUCAGAGAGAGUGAACUCGAGGAUACUAAACCGGUUUCAGUCUAUGUCUGAGAAAGUUGAGGAGAAGCAUGGAGGCUAUGAGGAAACGGUGGUUGAAGCGACGGAGAUGUUGUUGAGGGCGAAGAAGUGUGUGAUGGAGAUGAAGAAGGAGAAGGAAGAGAUGGAGAAGAAGCUUGAAGGUAGAGUGAGAGAAGAGGAAGAAGAGAAGGAGAAGUUGAAGGAGAUGUUUUUGGGAUUAGGAGAAGAGAAGAGAGAAGCGAUAAGGCAGUUGUGUGUAUGGACUGAUCACCAUAGAGACCGUUGUGAGUAUCUUGAAGAGGUUUUGUCGAAAAUGGUUGUGGCAAGAGGAGGACAAAGGAGGUCACAACGAGCUUGA